GUGCUCGUCGUGGGCAGCACCGGCGGCGUCGGCCAGCUCGUCGUCGCCAAGCUCCUCGACGCGGGGUACGUCGUCCGCGCGGUGUCCAGAAACGUCGACGCCGCGCGGGGCUUGUUCGGCUCCCAACCGAACCUCGAGCUGCGCGUCGCGGAUCUCAGGGACGCCGACGCGCUCGACGCGUCGGAAAUAUGCGUCGGCGUCGACGCCGUCGUGUCGUGCACGGGCACCACCGCGUUUCCAUCGGCGCGAUGGAAAGACGACAACGGGCCGGAACAGACGGAUUUCGUGGGCAUCCGCAACCUGGUGAACGCGACGCGAGCGCAGUCCCCGUCGUGCAAACGGUUCGUGCUCGUGUCGAGCAUCGGCGUCGAGCGGACGAAUCAGAUGCCCUUCGUCAUACUCAACCUCUUCGGCGUCCUCAAGCACAAGCGCGCGGGCGAGCUCGCGCUGGAAUCGUCGGGCAUCCCGUACACGGUGCUCCGACCCGGCCGGCUCACCGACGGACCGUACACGUCCUACGACAUCAACACCCUGCUCAAGGCCACGAGCGGAACGCGAAGGGCGGUGGACAUCGCGGAAGGGGACACGUUGACGCCGGAGGAGACGAGUCGGAUCGUGGUGGCGGAUUGCGCCGUCGCGGCGCUCUCG